GAUAUCAUCAACAAGGACUGUUUCAACAGUUGUGUUCAGUUUUCCUCCUAUAGAUGUUGUAUAUACGUCCCAGUGCUAAGAUAAGGUGCUUCUGAGGUAAAAUAGGAGUUAAGUAUAACGUUAAAAAAAAUAAAAAAAUAAAAAAUAAAAAAAGAGAACCAAGAAUUCGGAUCGCUCCUUAGCGAAUGGGACUGAACAAACACAUUACCUAUCAGAAAGUCAACAAUUAGGUUGAUAGUCGACAUCUUUCCCCCUCUUCCUCUUGCCUAACACUUUUCGCUCCUCCGAGAGCUCGGCCAUCGUCUGUCCAUCGAACUUGUGAACCUCCGCAACAUGGUCCAUCCAGGCUGCCCGACUUUCGAUCAUGAUCACAUUACCGUCUCGCCUCUGGCACUCGAAGCAUGCAAAAGAUCCCUGAAAAAGAUCCUUGUGCUCCUUGUUAAAAUGUCGCGAAAAGCUGCUGCCUGGAUAGAACAUGUUUUCACAGACCAGGCAACGAGCAGAUCUUGUUUUCGCAAGCUUUCUGCCUGGUCCCUGCUUCCGGCGGCUUUCGUUUGGCAGGCAUGGCGUGAACAUGAUGCCGUGGCACCGCUCCACGUGAUUGCUCCAUUGCUCAACCCCUUCCACCAUGUGCCUCCCUCUGCCCAAACGGUUGCACUCGGGGCACGGGAAUGGACGGUCAAAUGCCCCCUUGAUAUGAUGGACAUUCUGAUUGUGCCUUGUAUUCUAAUGUUCCCCGUGUCUAACACUUCGGAUAGGACGCAGUUGGACUUCUUCGUUCUCGCUCUAGGCUGUGGCUUGCGAAGCAGGAUCCAGGGCGACCGCGCAAGAAUCGACCGAACAAUCUAAAUAUGCGAGAGUGGCUUUCAGAGUUAGGCUAGGAGACUAGCGGCCUCAAUGUCAUACACAUAACCGGCACGAAAGGCAAAGGCAGUACAGCUGCCUUUACAGACUCGCUCAUACGUGCCCAUUUCCACCGUCUGUCCCGUCCUAUUA